AGCCAUUUUGGUCGGAAAUCAGCCGGGCGGACCCAAAAUUGCUGUACUGUAGUAGGCUGAAAGACUUUGUGCAUCAUGGGCAUCGACAUUGAGGCUGGUGGCCGGAAGAAGGUGAAGAAGCGUGAGGUGAAGUCCAUGAACCCAUAUCUGCGGCUGCUGUGCCAACUUUACAAGUUCUUGGCACGACGUUCAGAGUCCAAGUUCAACAAGGUCAUCUCCAAACGCUUGAACAUGUCCAACAGAAACAGGCCUCCACUGUCAUUGUCCAAGCUCAUCAAGAACAUGCAGAACAAGGAGGGCAAGAUUGCCGUUGUCGUGGGCAAGAUCACGGAUGACAAGCGUGUUUACGACGUUCCUGAGUUGAAGGUUUGUGCGCUUGGGUUCACUGAGACAGCUCGUGCUCGCAUCGUGAAGGCCGGUGGUGAAUGCCUCACCUUUGAUACCUUGGCCAUGCGUUCUCCUUUGGGCAAAGGCACAGUGCUACUCCGUGGUCCAGUGAAGGCACGUGAGGCUGAGCGCCACUUCGGUAAGGCUCCAGGUGUUCCCAACUCCAAGACGGCACCCUAUGUGCGCUCCAAGGGACGGAAGUUCGAGAAGGCCCGUGGUCGUCGUCGAUCCCGCGGCUUCAAGGUCUGAGAGGCUUUCAGCACACCGAAAGCAAGGAAAGGCCGGCCUGCAAAAAGGACCCUGCAAAGCUCUGGACACUGUUUGUAAAUUCUAGAUC